AUGACUGGCUCGUGUAGGCGAGUGAAGCUACACAUUCCAAAACCGCCCAAGCCAGAAUUUAACAUUGUGUUUGAGAGGAGUGGAAUGCCAAUUGAAUGCACGCUACGACUCGAGGAACCGCCAAAAUUUUGUACGUUAGCUAAAAAUUCAAAUGUACUACUGCAGGUUCUGUGUCAUGAAGUGAUUUUCCCCCUUCAAAUCACUGAUAACACACUAAAAUUAACGAAUUGUGUAACGGUAACCUUCCCUAAUCCUCGUUACACACUACUGUUCAGGUCAACCGUUGAGUCUACUGUUGAUUAUUGCGAUUCGGGAUAUAAUAAUGCGUCGGCAGAUGAUGAACUAUACUCAGAUUCUACAGAUGAUCCUUUUACACCCAUUUCGCGAAAGAUGUUGAGCAUAAGUCCCACUUACGCCAAUAGAAACACUACUAUAAUUGAUGAAAUUUUAUGUGAAAACGUACCAAUUUUCAUAUCCGGAUCCUUUGAAUCAGGUUCCAUGCUCUAUUUCAAUGAGAUAAGGGACAGGGAUGAUCGACCUUUUGUUAUAGUAAAAAUUGAAUGGAAACUAUCCCGAGAUAUUAGAGACACUGAAAGCUUCGAUCAGCUUGUCAGUACAAAUACAUCGCUAAAACUUGACGAUCUCAUGAUUGGCAAGUUUGUACAACUUUCCAUUUGGUGGUCAGAGAGACAUCUCAGCGGCGAGCCAUCAACUUGUACAGUAUACAAGCAGUCCGUCGUAAGAGGGCCGAUACUGCCCGAUCAAAAUCUAGCCCGUGACAUUAUGAUUCACUCGCUAACAGAUUCAAUUAUUUUCAACACAUUGCUGUCUAGUGAUAAACAGGAAGAUAGUGAAAAUAAUUUGACAUGCAGUUAUUCACCAGCAACACUAAUAUUUGUCCAAGACAAAAUAUGUGUUAGGAAGGAUGGGGAAGAUGAUCAGUCAACACUUAGCAUUGAUAAAGUUAGGAUCGGCAUGGAUAAGUUUACAAUAUCAUUAUGUGAACCAGGCUGCGAUAAGAAAGUAUUGAAUUUGCAUAUGAACGAUACCAAUAGUGCGAUAUUGCUAUUUAAUGUGAUCAUUUUCAGGAAGUAUAGGGAAAAAUACGCGACCCUAGCUAAAUGGGAGAAAGAUCUUUCGGUUGGGUUGUAUUCAGAUUUUAACAAAAUAUAUUCAAAAAUACUAAAAUCAGAAAAUUUUUUAAUGUAG